AUGAAUCAAACGGACAAAAAUCAACAGGAAGUUCCUUCAUACCUUAAUGACGAACCACCAGAAGGUUCAUUGAAAGAUCAUCCACAGCAGCAGCCUGGCAUGCUUUCUCGUGUGACUGGUGGCAUCUUCAGUGUAACAAAGGGAGCUGUUGGUGCCACGAUUGGUGGUGUAGCCUGGAUUGGAGGAAAAAGUUUGGAAGUGACCAAAACAGCUGUUACAGCAGUGCCUUCCAUGGGAGUGAGUCUGGUUAAAGGAAGCGUUUCUGCUGUGGCUGGGGGCAUUACAGCUGUAGGAUCUGCUGUCACAAGUAAAGUGCCUUUAACAGGGAAGAAAAAGGAUAAGUCUGACUAA